CGUAACAAAAAUUUGCUAUUAUUAUUAUUAUUCCUUACGUAGUAUUAUUGCUUCUUAUUCUGUGCUGUUAGUUUGGUGCCCUCAUAGCACAGAGUUCUUUUUAUCAUACUCCUCAUAUAUAUUAGGUUUUCCUCUUCUUAUUCGGACUGUUGUUUGGAUAUUUACUGAGUGUUCUAAUCGUGCAUGAUAAUAAGAAGUUACCUGCGACAUUAAAAUGGGGAAAUGUGUUGUGCCUGGGUGUAAUAAUGCAGGACAUCAUGCACUACCGAAAAAUAUUAAUCAGAGAGAACUUUGGUUGAAAGCAAUGAAGUUUGAAGGUCAGGUUAAAAACACGAUUAAAAAAUCAGUGUGUACACAACAUUUCAAGGAUUCUGACUACAUGGACGCAGAAAUAGAUCUUCCGAAUAUGCAGAGGAGGCGUUUAAAGAAACAUGCAGUGCCAUCAGUUUUUCCAUGGUCCAAAGCCCCACUGACAGAAACAAGUCCAUUUAUCUAUGAACAUAAAACAAUACAUGACAUUAUGAACUCAGACUCUCAAAAGAAAAAUAUAGAAACCAAAGAUCCUUUACCUAGAAAUGAUGAUAAUAUUUCUAAAAUAAAGUCGUCCAAAAUACAAUCAUCAGAAGUACCGAAAUCAUCAUGGUCUGAUUUGAAAAUGAAAUGUGAACCAGAAUUUUCUUUUAAUGUAUCUGGAGUUAAAAGUACAUAUGUAUUUCAAAAUAUUCCUUCAAAAUACAUGCCAGAACUACCUGGUCUUAUGACUGAUCCUGUCAAAAAUACUCCCAUUCAACAAGACCCAGACCCACUAAGUGUACAAGAGAUAGACAAUCAAGAGAGUACUGAAAUUGAUAUGGAUGUUGCAAAUAGUAUUGACAUAUCUGAAUUUGUAGAAGUAAAGCAAGAAGAAGACAGUUCUGAUAACAUAGAAAAUAAUGCUACUACAGUCACAAGAAUUUGUCCCACUUGUGGAGAGCUACCCUUUUAUAGUGUACAUUAUUAUAAAAACGAGGCCAAUGGAGUUAAUUUUUACACAGGGCUUGAAAACUUUGAUAAACUUAUGUUUGUGUUUAUGAGUUUAGGGAAUGGUGUAAACAACUUAAAUUAUAUUUACGAGCAACCUCCAGUUCAUCUUGACCCAUUAGAACAAUUCUGUAUGGUAUUAUUGAUUCUUAAAAGACAUAGAGAAUUUGAAGAUGUCGCAAUGACACAUAAGACAUCUGUGAAACAAGUGACAAAUAUUUUUAUCACGUGGAUAAAAUUUAUGGCCUUACAAUGGCGAACUAUUGAUUUGAUGCCAUUAGAAUUUAAUGAUACGUAUCCUCAUAAUGGAAUGCAAAUAGAUGCAUCAGACUCUUCUAUUAAUACCCCUUGCCAACCAAUAACCCAGGAAAUAACAUUUUCGACAUACAAUAAUGGACAUAUAAAACUCCUGAUAGGCGUUACACUCAGCGGCCUUAUUACUGACAUUUCGCCAUGUUAUGGCGAAAAGGAGUCAAAUGAACAGAAUAUUAUUUUAUCCAAUAAGGUCAGAGCAGAUAUGCCAGAACCUAAGCUAAAUAAGGACAACCAGGUUAGCCCCAAACCAAGUACAAAACAUAAAAUCCGUAAAAGAGGGAAAAAGAGUGCCAACAAAAAUGUACAUGUUGAACGUGUUAUUGGCAUGUUAAAGACAUACAAAAUCUUAACUGAGGCAAUGAACGAAACUGAAAAAUUACUUUCUAGUGAUAUCGCUUUUGUAGUGGCCAUGUUGGUAAAUUUUAGAUCUAAUAAUAAAAAUAAUAAUAAUGCUUAGAAAAUUAUGUAAAUUGAAAAUAGAAUUAUAACUAGUAAUGCUAGACAUUAAUAUAAACUAGAGAUGGGCCGAGUACUCGUUUGAUACUCGGUACUCUGCGUACUCGGCGGGUUUUUUGAUACUCGUACUCGGCCGAAUAACUCGGUUAUUUGAUAACGAGUAUACAGCCACUGGUAAAUAACAAACUUUUUCAAUUAUUUUUUUACUAUGACGCGCAACGUGAUGUGUUUGUUUGCAAACAAUCAAGUGACUAGUAGUUGAAAGGCGUGGGCGAGGUGAGGGGUGUAUCAACGCGAGCCGACCGCGACAUCUUGACUGGCGCAAACCUAUUUGUACUUGUUUACGCGCGCGACAUGCGAAUUUGAUUGAACCGAGUUACUCGGCCGAGUACUCAGUUGAAAAAAAAUUGAGCCGAGUAAAACUCGGUACUCGUUACUCGGCAAAAGUGUUACUCGGCGCAUCUCUAAUAUAACCUGAUGUAAUGAUUAUAUUACUAAUGUAACAUAGUCAUCACAUGAGUCAUGUCAAGGGCCUUUGGUGGCUAAAUAAUAACCCUGACACCAGGGUUGAUGAGCUUGGUGAUCCACCUCACAACCCACACAAUACAAGAAUGUUUGUAUAAAGAUAUAUGUAUAUAUACAUCUACAAAAAUUCUGUGUGAUUUUCAAGUAAUGUGGCUUGGAAAAUCUUUCAUUGACAAUGACAAUUUAGUAAUAGGUAUUUUAAUUAUUUUUUAAGUAAAUAAAUGGAUAAAAAGAC